AUGCCUGAGGAACUCGAGGCAUCCGAACUUUGGUGGUGUGGACCAUCAUUCCUUAGAAAGAGCGACGUCGUCUGGCCGAAGGAAGUGCAGAUAGAUUCUUCAGAUGAGCUUCCAGAACUGAUCGAGAUUAUAGCCAUGCCGGUGGUGGAGGAGAGGCUGUCAUUGUUCGACAACUGCUGCAAGUACAACAACAUGCUUCGAGUCGUCGCGCGUAUCAAGCGCAUGUUCCAGAACCGCAAACGCACCGCAAAAAAUCGGCAGCGUGGUGAAUUCACUGCUGAGGAAAUGCGAUCAGCCAAGCUCAUUGUCAUUCGUCUCGUCCAGGAGGAGAACUUUCCGGAAGUAUUCGCCCAAUUACGAAAGCAGGAAACGUCGAAGAACCAUUCGCUAAUGCCGCUUUCUCCCUUUGUAGACAACCAUGGAGUGCUCAGAGUCGGUGGACGCUUAUUAAAGUCUGCUUGCUCAUACGAGACGAAGCAUCAAAUGAUCUUACCGAACAGCCAUCCUGUUACAUAUGCGAUAGUCCGGUCAAUGCAUGAGUCCAAUAUGCACGCCGGUAUUCAAAUUACGCUUGCUGCAACACGAAGCGACUAUUGGAUCAUAAGAGGGAGAAGCGUGGUGAAGAAAGUUGUGAAGAAUUGCGUCGAUUGCUUCAAAAGCAACCCUCGUCCCGUUCAACAGUACAUGGGGGACUUGCCAACGAGCCGGGUUGAAGGAAAUCGACGAGGCAGACCUAUCACCGUUUGGACCGACAACGGCACAAACUUUGUCGGUGCUGCCAAUUUGUUAAGCGAAUGGGAGAAGUUCUUCAACAGUACCGACAACCAAGACGGAAUUACACGAGCGUUCGGGAACAGUAUCGAGUGGCGUUUCAACCCCCCUGAUGCACCACACUUCGGUGGCAUAUGGGAGUCGAAUAUUCGCCAAACCAAAGUGCUUUUAGUAAAGUUUACGGCAGGAGCAGCCCUUAGUUUCGAGGAACUGUCAACGGUAUUGUGUCGUAUCGAAGCAAUCUUGAACUCUAGACCAAUCACGCCGCUUUUGGAUGAUCCAGAGGAUUUGGAAGCGUUAACCCCAGGUCACUUUUUGAUCUUCAGACCAUUGAACGCCAUCGCACGUCCUGAUGUCACCGAUCAACCCAAGCACCCGAGACAGCGAAACGAACACAUUACUGCGAUUAUUCAACAUUUCUGGAAUCGUUGGCAAUCGGAGUAUCUUUCUUUGUUACAAGUGCGUUAUAAGUGGCAUACGAAGGUGGAAGUCGCAGAAGGACAGCUUGUGCUCAUCAAGAAGGACAACAUGCCGGUCCAAAAAUGGUUACUUGGACGUAUCGUCGAAGUCUUUCCGGGUAGCGGGAACGUAGUACGAGUCGUCGAUGUAAGAACUCAGCAUGGGAUUUUAAGAAGACCAGUUUCGAAGUUGUGUUUCCUACCUGUUGAUCCAGAGCAGAGUUUCGAAAGGAACACCUUUCAACGGCGGGAGGAUGUUCGUGACAAUUCGAUCGAAUCGGCACCACUGCAGUAA